AUGAAUACUGAAAAUCCCAGAAGCAACAAGAGAGAAAAUGAAAAUGAAGAAGACUCCAAUAAGAAUAGCAAAGAAGAGGGAAUAAAAGUUCCCACCAGAAGUAGCAAGAGACUUAAAGAAAUGAAGGAGAAAGAGCCGAUGGAGAAAGAGCCGAGAGUUCCAAAGAAAGUCAUGGCAAAGACCGGGAAGAAAAAAAGGCCAAUGUCAAAGGAAGAGAAAUUGUAUCCAAAGGUAAUGCCCAAAAGAUUGUCUCAGAAUCCACAACACCUUGAGGACUUGUACUUGAAAGAACCGAUUGAUAUCGAGUCUCAUGCAAGUUUUAACCCGGAGUUUUUUCACUAUUCUCUUAAAAAGAUGAUUGAAGACGAAGCACUUUCCCUUCAACUACAUUUUGAUACAUGCUGGGCGAUGUCUGUAGAACAAGCCAUCAGAUUUAAUGCCAAGCUUCAAGACCGGAUUAAGUUAGGAGAGUACUCCCCCCGACUCUCGCCUCAAUGUUUGAUUGACUGCUUACCCGCUAUAUAUGAUCUAAAUCAUUUGGAUCCAUGGGAAGGGGAAGGCAAAGCUUACCCGUGCAAUGUGGAGGAUGCGUUGCACUUAGUGGUGCACAGAGGCAUGGCUCUGGAAACUCAUGUGCCUUAUAAAGGCCCGUAUUGCGGUUAUAAGCCCUAUCAAAGCUUUGGCUUCAUUAAACGGUACUUCUUUGUACCUUUAGAUUGGUCAGACUUAUGUAUGGCAAAAGUGCUAGCAACCGUAGGAUUCCUAAUUGGAACAUUUUCUUGUGACAAAUUUCUCCAGAACUAUAAGAACGAUAAGGAAGACUUUAUUUAUGGAUUAUCAAAAGGCUUCAAAACCAGUGGACACUGUGUUUUAAUUACUGGCGUUGGGAAUACAAACGGAAAGAGUUUUUUUGAAGUAAGGAACACGUUUGGUCAACAUUGGGGUCGCGAAGGCUAUGGCUUUAUCGACAGAGAAUUAUUUACGGCGAUUGAAAGCAUCCAAGAAGCUAGCAUCACCACAAUUGAAGCUUACCUGAAGUCUAAUGCUGCAAACCAAGAUUUUAUCAAAUUGAUGGCUUAA